UUCUGUCCUCCAGUGAGACACCUGACUCAGUCUUUCUUCAAAUCAGUCCCUAGCCAUGCACAGAAGACUGAAGGAUGGAAAUUCUCUCCUGAGAGCUCAAGACAAUGAGAACACACACACAGAAGAAAAGGAGGAGAGCUCUUGUCCUGAGCUGUCAAAGGACCAGGAGAUUUGCAAAGGCAUAAAGGCAUUCAAGGAGAAUUUAGGCAAUGGGCAGGAGGUGCAGCUGCCAGGAGUCCCCCUGCAGCACCCCAGAAGAUGUGGCAGGCGCUCGCGGCACACCGGGGAAGGUGUGGCCAGCUGCCAGCUCACCCAGUGCCCUGUGGGCAUGCUGCAAGGGGGUGCUGCUGGGGAGCAUGCCUUGCCUUUCAGCAGUAGGGAAAAUCUGCCAGGAAGCAGCCCUCUUCCUUUGGGGGAGGAAUGCUGCCUGACGCCCAGGAGGGACAAAGCAGAAGGAUCAUCUGCCUGUGGGCUCUCAGCGAGCCAGGGGCAGACACCUGUGGGCUUUACACCUGCAAGAGUUGCUGAAUUUGGGCUCACCCAGGAAAACUUUACUAUAGGGGCAUCUCCAGCUUCACUGAAAUUCAGACGAAGAGCAGGCAUUGGGGCGCGGGGCUCACCGGAGAACAACAGCCUCAUUCAGUUCCUUGCCCAGCAGAGAAGCAACAGGCAGAAAGAAGCUUUGGCUCAGGUCAGUCCUUUCAAACAUGUCAGGCUGCUGAAGGACAAGAUAGACACCUUUCAAACAUCUUUUAAAGCAGUAGAAGAGGAAACUGGCACCCCUGGACUGUCACGAGUGGCUGAGGCCUCCCAGGAUACAGGCUCCUGUUUCAGUUCUGAGCACUGCACUAGAGAUGCUGGAAUGAAUGUUUUAUCAGAUCUGAGCAGAGAGCAGGAAGGGAGCCCAGUGUGUGAUGGAAGCAGUCUCUGCAUCUCCCCAGCACAGCCCAGCAGGCCUCCGUGGGCUGAGCGUGCACAGAGCGGCUACUGGCUGCCACCUGUGCCGAAGAGAACACCAGAGAGGCAACCACUGGAGGGAAUGCAGGUUGGUCACUGAUUUACUGACUCCUGCAGUCAUGGCUGCAGAGCCAGAGGUGAAUCUGGUCCUUCAGUAAUGAUACUCUUGUCUAACAUGCUUAGUGAC